UUCGCCCUGCUGGGAGUGGCUGCCGGCAGCCCGACGGCAAGGCUUCCAAACAACGUGACUUCCUGGCUGUUUUCUGUGCCUUGCCGUCUUGCGUCUGAAAUACACUCAGAGCGGAAAGUCAGUUAACUUUAAGUUUCGGCAAUGAAGAUAACUUUUUAUUGCAGGUUAGUGAAGUUACUUAACGUUUCAGCUGUGCUCGUCCUGUCUGUCCUGCUCUUACUAAGUAGAAUUAGAUUCAGGAGACACUUGCCAAAGCCCAGUCCCAUUCCUGCACAAGAUUACAGGCUAAUAUCCCCUGAAACCUACAAGUAUAUUCUCAACCAACCUGCUGCAUGCAAGCACAGAAGCCCCUUGCUGGUGUUGAUGGUGCCAGUUUCCCCAGGGGAGAGAACAGCAAGGGAAGCUAUCAGAAAAACAUGGGGUGCCCCAGGCUCCAACACACUGACCAUGUUCUAUGUGGGGCUCCCUGAGGAGGGCCCCACUUCACAUCUCCAGGACAGCCUAGGAAAAGAGAGCCAGCAACAUGGAGACAUCAUCCAGAUGGACUUCCUGGACAGCUACCACAACCUGACCAUCAAAACUAUGAUGAUCAUGAACUGGCUGGCUACCUAUUGUCCAACUGCAUCGUACGCAAUGAAGGUAGACGCUGAUGUCUUUGUCAAUGUGUUUCACCUGAUCAGACAGCUGAGUGGCUCUCCCAGGCAGGGCUACAUCACAGGGUCGGUGAUUGCAGAUGGGAGACCGCGCAGGGACAGCAACAGCAAGUGGCAUCUGUCCCAGGAUCUUUACCCUCAGGACAGCUUCCCUCCGUACCUCUCUGGGGCUGGGUAUGUCUUCUCCACUGACUUGGCAGAGAGGAUCUCAGGGGCGUCCAGGUUUGUCCGGAUGAUCCCCCUGGAGGACGUCUACGUGGGCUUGUGUCUGCGGGUGCUGGGUGUCCAGCCGACCUAUUCCCAAAGCCUUCUGACCCUGACAAACCUGUUUGAAAUCCAAAAAUUGGAGUAUGAGAGGUGCACCUUCGCCAAACGGGUCAUAGUCACAGGGUUUAAGCCUGCAGAGCUGCUGCUCAUUUGGCAGGACUUCUCCCAAGGCCAUCUGAGCUGCUGACUCAACAUGCCUGCAUCAUUACGAGGAAUCAACUAAUUAUUGGUCCCGGACAAUUAUCAGGGCUGAUAUUAAUUUAUUUUUCAAUAAUCAGUAUGGUAAUUUUGAUUGACAUGAUGAUGAGCUAUAUGAAAACUACUCAGCAAAACAAAAGCAUGUGGGCAAGGCAGUGUUUCCCAUAAUAUGUUUACAGUUUUCAUUUCUCUUCACUGGAUUUGUAGUAAAUUUAGUUUAACAGAAAGACAAAAUCCAAGUAAACAAUACCUGCCUUAAGGACAAAAGGGCUACAAUUUUAUUUCUGUUUUAGGCCCAUUGAAUUAAAAUUCUUAUGAGAUGCAUCUGAACACAGCCUAAACCCAAGAAAUCUGAUCCAGCAUCAGUGAUCUGACCUUUAGAUAUAUCAUUUUUGUUAAUUAACAUGACAUUGUUAAUGUUAAUUGACACUGCCAUUUUCAAAUUUAUUACAAACACCCCUAAAUAUCUGUUAUCAGUGUCCUUGAUUCGCAGUAAACAGUACCGGCCUGGAAAAAUUAGCAUCAGUUGAUCCCUAAUAAUUGUAUGAAUAACUUUAAGCAAUACAGACUUUUCAGCGUGAUUUAUAGUCAGCUUUGCAGUUUGUUCCAUGCCCAAGGUGCAUGGAGAGUAAGGGCAGUUUUCCCAAGCUCUGACUGCACUUCUGGAAGACUUAAAAGAAUCCAACUGGAGGAUCUAGUGGUAUAACCACUUGAAGGUUGGAGAUAGAAAAGGCUGAUAAAAGGUUGGAGAUAGAAGGAAAUUUGCCAGACAGUGUCUUAAGAAUAAAUACCAACAAAUGCAUUUUUCUCCUCAAAGGUUUUCAGGGUUAGUCCCAAUGGUGGUGGAAUGUAAAGAGGUGUAUUGCAGACAGAGAUAGUCAGGGAAUUUGACCUGUUCUCUGGGUAAGUCAGAGGAUAUAAGCUCUUCUACAGAUGUGCCACUUCACAGGAAAACGGCAGAAUGUAUGUUACAGUUUGUUUGCCACAUUCAGUUGGGUCAGCCCUGGUGGUGGCUAAUGGGACAAAUUCUCAGGAUUAUCUUGAGGCCUAUACUUGAAUUUGCAGUUUACACCAAAGUCACAAUGGAAUGGAAUUAGUGGAAUUAGCACCACUGGUACCACCAUUGAACUCUUUUCACUUUAUUAUGGAAGGGUAAGUCAUUCACUUAAAAAAAAAUUCUGCCUCAUUUUUCUGAAUGAAUGAGAUAAUCAUCUCAAAGAUAAUUGUGUUAUUCACUGUUUUCCCCAUGAAAACUUCUCAGAAUUCUGAAAAAACUGUAAUUAAGUCAGAAAAAUGGGCAGAUUUUUUUUUCCUCAAGUGAAUUCAAUGUUUCCGUACUUUAGCAUCCAAAUAUGUAAGCUAUAUUCUCAUCAUAGUAGAACAACCUUGAUAAAUAAAACACUACUGAGAUUAUUAUAUGCUGACACACUGUAACGCUGUAUAGCAUCUUGAUGAGUAUAUGAAAAUAUAGAGUACUUUAUACAAAGGCCUGCAGAUAAACUUGUUAUAGUGAUUUGACUAUUCUCUCUCUCACUCUCUGUUGUAGUGUUGUAGUUACAUAAGACAACCAGCAGAUGGAGUGCUUUACUAGCUGAUUACUGUUGUAGUUUACAGUUCAUAGUCCCAGUUGAUUUUGCUGUUAAUGUCAUGUUAAAUAAAAAGGGAAAUAAGUUGAUACAAUUAGACUAGUAAUGGCAUGUUCUGACAUUGAGUUUGCACAGCUGUUUUAUAAUAUUGCAUUUGAUUUUUUUUUUUUUUUGUAUCAGAAUAGGUCAAUUUUUCUAUGGAAAUAGUUGAUUUUAUAUCUUUAUUUCUCAUGUUUCUUUGGCUUAUGAAUAUAUCAUAUGUACUCUUACUGUUAUUUAGCAUAAUUGCUGUGAUGCUGGGUGAUUCUGAAGGUUGUCCUGGUGGACACACCCACCUAAUUGUACUCUAUAAAGCACUUGGGUGUAUCAGUGUGUUUUAGACCUGAUUAGGGCCAGAAUGUCCCAAAACAGUGCCUAUAAAUAAAUUUCCU